UGUGUUCUUCCUCCCACAGGCAAUAGUUUCCGGUGCGACAGGCGUCUAAGUUGGAUGUUCGCUCUACGCAACACUACCAGGAGCCUAUCUGUACGCAGGAACCUGGACGAGGUAGUCUGUUACAUGGACGGCACCACCCUCCCCCCGAGGCUGGCAGACGACGAGACAGUCACCCCAGCCUACGAGACCACCACACUCGGCAUCGGUCCCAUGAUGAGGCUGCUGGCCCUACAUGAGUCAGAGCUCCCCGACCCUAUGAUGCGGUGGAUGCAGACAGCUGACCCAGACUGUGACGAGGAGGAGGCCGCUCAAGUUGACACUGUGUCGGAGGACAAGCAAGACAAAAGGCGUGACCAUGGGCACAACAAUGGACGUAAGAGAGCUAACCAGAAGAACAAGGCCCAGAAUGAUAUGGCUCCUGUUGAAGCACAACCGAAUUCAGACUUAGAAAGCACUGCGGCAGACGCCGAGCCUCCAGCACCCGUCCAGGAGGAGUCUCGUGCCUAUGACAGUGGUGCCAAGACCACUGAGGCAACAAUCGUCCCACUCGUUGCUCUCUGUCUCAUUCUCUUACACGCACGUCCACACUGAACUGUCCUGUAAGACUUAUAGGUUAUUGAACAUUAUGAAAUCCAUGAAAUUAUAUUAAAAAUAUUGUUAUCUUUGACAAUUUGUCAUAUGGCAAUAUCCAGCAAGUAAUAUUACACUAUCAGGGGUGACCAAAUUUUGCAUGAAACCAUCCUGCAAGGAUGACUUGGAGUUUAAUUUUACUUAAGGAGCUGUGUAAAAUUUUAGGUAUAUAUAUAUAUAUAUAUAUAUAUAUAUAUAUAUAUAUAUAUAUAUAUAUAUAUAUAUAUAUAUAUAUAUAUAUAUAUAUAUAUAUAUAUUAAAAAUGCCACUUUGUAAAACAAUCCCCCAUCUUGGACGUGCCAAAGUAUAUAUUGUUGAAAAGAAUAUAUUAUAUAUCACAAAAUGCUUGACAAGAUGAUACAAAUAAGUUUGUGUGGAAGACCCCAAUAAGUAGCUGUGUCCCCUGCCUUACCUCCUCAACCUCCAGACCUCAGCUGGUGUUAAAGAUGUGCUUCAAACAUUAAAUCAUUGCCAAUUCAAAUGAACUCUUUUGUACCGUCAAAAUACAUUGAUACAAGAAAGUAUACAAUAAAUUACAGAGGAAAGUAAAUCACUGAGAUAUAAUUACUAACUAGGCUAAGAUACAUUGACUGUAAUCUCUAUAGUAUCUUGAAUGUUAUAUUAUAACUGUGUACUGGUACAGUAUGUGUACAAAUGAUUUGCCCGACUUGGCAGUUGGUAAAGAAAAAUAAUUAUUCAUUCUUCCUUAUAUUAUUAAAUUUUCUUUAUUUUUUCCUGAUUUUCAUUUUUUAACAUUUCUUAUUGAAGCCUCCCUGUAUUUUUUCUUAUGUUUUCUCAUGCCACAGUUUUUCGUUCUUUGUAAAUUGUAUCCUCUCUUCAUCAUCCUCUCCUCUUCAUCCAGUCUUUACCCUCCAUCCAUUAUGCCAGUCUUACAAGUGAUCAACUGUCUGAGUGACUGUAAAUGAAAGAGAGCGAGAGAGCGAGAGAGAGAGAGAGAGAGCAACAUGCUUCACCAGUGUGUACAUAGCCUUGAGUGUGCGACCGAACUAUAUUUUCUUACUGAGAUGUUACAGUCGGUAUACAGUAGUUGCCAGCCUCCUACCCUACACUUUAUAGAUACAUCAAUUGUACUAAAUAAAUUAUCUCUGCCUUGAAUGACCGCUUCUGGAAUUUUAUUUUUCGCAUUCACGAGGAAGUCCGCUUCUCUAAUUGUUUCUCGUUUGAUAGUUUGUAUCAUUGUGGAAUGCAGGAGGUCAAAGAACAGUAUUCAUAGAAAAAUAAGUUGGAUAUUUCAAGCUCUAUGUUUUUAAUGAACACUUCCUUAUUCAUGUGUAAAUGAAAAUGUAGUAUCAAGUGGUCAAUAUGAUACACAAAAUAAGUGCAAACAUUGACAUAAUGUUGUGUAUGUUAUAUGCAUAAUUCAUUAUCUGCAGAUCCUAAGAUCAUCUUUUCCUCAGGUCUUGCAAUGUUCACUGCCUUAGUUAACUUAUAUUGUACAAUUAUCGUUUUUUCUUCUUUUUUUAUGUAUUACAAAGGGCAAUUUCACCUGAAAAGUGUAUAAAACCACUGAAAAGGUUCUGCAGUGGGAUCAGCAACUUUUUUUAUGAUCAGUUUAAACAGCAUAAUAUAUGGGAAUGGUAAGAGUACUGUAAUUUAUUGUUUUUUUGUAUGUGUUUUUUUUAUGUCAUGGAAAAAAUUAUUGUACUAUCUGAUAACUAGCUUAUUGUUUAAAGUUAAGAACAAAAGAUUUCUUGCCGUUCCUAAAACGACAAGUACCCGGUAGAAAGAAUUAAUAUUAAGUUGCAAAGCUAAUGUUCUUAUGUAUCUUUUUUUUUUUCAAAUGGCUUCUACAAUCUGGUAGGUUGCCUUUCCUAGUAUGCAUAUAUGACUUCUGAAGUCAACAGUGGGUGACUGGUGUUGUUGUUUUUUGUAAAUAGCUGCAACAUCUAAAUCUAACGGGGAAAUUUUAUAUUGCAAAUCACAGAAUGUAGAUUGACAAUACAGUACCACUGCAAUUCUAGAUUUAUGUUAAAAUGCACACUAGUUUAUUACCCACUGCACAAAAUUAUGAAUUAAUUUACUGUGACUCCUCAGAGAAUCCUGCAAUCUGAUUGAUAGCUUCUGUUUUACCCCUGCAGGAAGCUUUACUGACGUUAUGACAGUACAGUAUUCUAAUUCUGAGUUUGUUCUUUUUACCCUAUUGACUUUAUUUUAAAAAAUCAAAGUUACUUUAUAUUAAGUAUUGUAACAGACUAAACCUUUGUUGAUCUAGUAUUUCACAAAACUGUCCUUGUACACUAAUUUAAUCAUGUUUUCAUUAUUUUUAUGUAUUAAGUAAAAUUCUGACUGUUUUCAGCAGGCGGUUACAGUGUACAGUAGUUUAACUAAUGCAAUAGUAGAUCGUGAGGAACUGCAUUUCAUGGACAGAGCUGCAAUUUGACUCGCUUUUUCCACAAAACGAAAAUCGAAUAAGCUCACUCCAUCACAGUGAUUCACUCAUAAGGCCUCUUAAAUAUAACAUUGUUAGGAAAAUGUGUGAGUUUUUGUAAAAAAAAUUAUAUAUAUAUAUAUAUAUAUAUAUAUAUAUAUAUAUAUAUAUAUAUAUAUAUAUAUAUAUAUAUAUAUAUAUAUAUAUAUAUAUAUUUAUUCUUUUUAUGUAACUGUAGUAGCUGCAUCUGUGUAAAUGCUGUAUUGCAAUAUGGUACAGUAAUACUGUACAGGUAAUGAGUAAGUGAAUAUCCUCAAUUACUAAAACUCACAUAUUUAAUAGUAAUAUCGGGUUACAUAUGAGAGGUAAUCAGAUAGAGAAAGUACUACAGUCCAUAAUUUUCUUCAAUAGGGUCAUGUUUCUGUCAGAGUGGCAGGAUUUAUGAACCAUAUUGAUAAAUGACUUCAGAGUUCUGGUUUUCAUUUUAUAUGUUUAUAGAACUAACGAUUCGAGUAAACAUAUUAUCCUCUACAGUUUGGUGUACUGUAUUGAGUUGUGUUUCACUGGAUAUGUUUAGUAAAUGUGCCAGUAACAUGACGCACUGUAUAGUUCAAUGCCCGAUUUUGUAAAUUGUAUCAAUUAGUGACUCACCAGGUGCCUCUCUCACCAUUUGACCUCCCUGCACAUGAAUGGUCGCAUUGUAAAAAAAUUAAGUAUCCACUGAUCUCGGAGGAAUACAACUAAUGUCAUACAUAACAAGGUUCUGAUAUGCAUCCACUUAGUCGUGUGCAAAAUGAGAUGAGGAGAAGGCUGCAGUACAUUAUUAAGUCCUAAUUAUUUAGAUAUAUUGAAACCAACCCAAUGCCAUUGAUUACGUGCUGGAUUUGUUGAUAACAAGUAAAACUUUUAAGAACAUGACUUAUGCUUGUUCUGAAUGUGCUGAUGUUCUAGAGAGAAGUACUAUACACCACUGUACUCUUAAGUUCUGUACAUCACUGUACUCUGAAGAAGUGAAUUUUCCACUAAAUCAAAGAUUCCAUAUUGACAACCAACAUACACCUAAACAAAAGAAAAAGGACAAACCAUUUUUUUUUAUAAUUGUCUUGAAGAUAACUCUGGUAUCUUUUCAUAUGAACCAUGUGUUUUGUUUUUGAUAAUAUGGCCAUAAAUAUUAGUGAUUCGUCUCAUAUUCCACAUGUGUGAGAUGUUUACCACUCUACUGUACUGGGAUAUGUGUUAAGGUUAUAUUGGCCAUUUUCAAAAGUACAAUUUGGAUAAUAAACCUUAAAGCAUUUCCCCUGCUACUGCUAAUGAUUCAAAUAACCUUUUAGAGGAUAUAUGAAAUACGCUGAAACAAACAUAAGUAAACAGACAGGAUUAAGUAAUGCUGCUUGCUUCCACUGACUGCAAAAAUCAAGUUAAUCUAAUCAAAGGAAUUAUGUAGAAUAUCUUUACACCCGUUUCCCAGAUCAUACAUCAAGUUAGCUGUUUUAGUAUGGAUGAAAACACUUGUACCAGAUUACUGUUCUAUUUUUAUGUGCACUCAAAAGAAUUGUUUUGUUCUGAAAUGGGAAUCAUAAUUAUUACUUGGAAGUUAACGAAUGAUAAUAAUUAUAAAUAAUUAUGGUAGUCUCUGUAUAUGAAGAAAACUCAGUGUGCAUGAUCUGGGAUACAAGCUGUACUGUUAUGAUUAAUACUAAAACUUUUAUAUAAAAAGUUCUAAAGACCUCAAAAAUAUUAGCCAUGCAUACUACAAAAAAUAAAGAGCUUGUUGUUAUUUCAUACAAAAUGUGUCUUCGAUACUAGCCAGCCCAUGGACUAGUUUUUUGCCUAGUUCCACGGCUUGCUAGUGCUAGUCGUCUGGGCUAGAAUGAAUGUCUAAUAGUGCAGAUGUAUAUGCAGCAUAUUGGUUAUACUGUGUGCAGAUCAUUUCUCGUUUAUUACAAUAGUGUCGUGUA